GGCCGCCGCCAUUUUGUCUGGUAGUGUGAAUGUGAAAGGGAAAGCCGGGGCGCAGCCCGCGGGACGAGCAGGGCCGGGCAGGCCGGGCCGGCGGCGGGAGUAAGGGGCGCCGCUGCGUCGGGGAGGCAGUGCGGGUUGUGCGGGUAGAGCCCUCGUUAGCCGUCAGCGGCGGGUCAGAGGAGCCGGUGAGGCGGUGCCCGGCCAGGACUCCCCGGUCGCCGGCCUCACAUCGGAGGGAGCUGCCGGUUCCCGUCCCCCGGGCGGCUGCGCUCGCCUCUCCUCUCCCCGGCUACGGGGGAGCCGCUGUCCCGGCCUUGCUGCCCGCCGCGGCGGGUCCGCGCCGAUGAUGUCGGGGCAGUCGAUCACGGACCGCAUCACGGCGGCGCAGCACAGUGUCACCGGCUCGGCCGUGGCCAAGGCUGUCUGCAAGGCGACGACCCACGAGGUGAUGGGCCCCAAGAAGAAGCACCUGGACUAUCUAAUACAGUGCACAAAUGAAAUGAAUGUGAAUAUUCCUCAGUUGGCAGAUACACUCUUUGAGAGAACUGCAAACAGUAGCUGGGUUGUAGUGUUCAAAGCUCUAAUUACAACACACCACCUCAUGAUGUAUGGAAAUGAGCGCUUUAUCCAGUAUCUUGCAUCCCGAAACACUUUGUUCAAUUUAAAUAACUACCUGGACAAAAGUGCCAUGCAGGGCUACGAUAUGUCUACCUUCAUUAGGCGAUAUAGCAGAUACUUGAACGAAAAAGCACUUUCAUAUAGACUUGUAGCAGUUGACUUCACCAAAAUGAAAAGAGGGAUAGAUGGAGUGAUGAGAACCAUGAAUGCCGAAAAGCUUCUGAAAACCCUUCCGAUCAUACAGAACCAGCUUGAUGCACUCCUUGAUUUUGAUGCAAAUCCAAAUGAACUAACAAAUGGUGUUAUAAAUGCUGCCUUUAUGCUCCUCUUUAAAGAUUCCAUUAGACUUUUUGCAGCAUACAAUGAGGGGAUUAUUAAUCUUUUAGAAAGAUAUUUUGAUAUGAAGAAGAACCAGUGUAAAGAAGGCUUGGAUAUUUACAAAAAAUUUCUAGCCAGAAUGACCAAAUUGUCAGAAUUCCUCAAAGUAGCAGAGCAAGUUGGAAUUGAUAAGGGAGACAUUCCAGAUCUUACUCAGGCACCAAGCAGCUUACUUGAAGCACUGGAACAGCAUUUGGCUUCUGUAGAGGGAAAGAAAACGAAAGAAGUCUCCGCUGCCAUCAGAGCUACUGCCCUAUCCAGGGCUGUUUCCACACUUGCCUGUACAGGAAUGCUGUUUAGGAAGAUGGAUGAGAAAGAAAAACAGCAGGCAUUGGAGGAGGAGCAAGCUAGACUGCAGGCACUUAAGGAGCAGCGAUUAAGAGAGAUUUCUGUAGUAUCGAAUUCCGUUUCCAGAUCAGCAUCCCCAAGCACCUUAUCAGAAAAAAGUGUGAAUACCACUGUAGCUGUUGACCUCUUUUCAGUACCAGCACCCACAACAAAUAGCAUGCCCAAUCUUUCUAGUGACCUUUUUGAUCUUCAGCCUGCAUUUGUUCCAGCUGUGCAGAGUACUCCAGUUAUACCCACAUCACCAAGCAGUGCUUGGGGAGGUCCUUUCUCGUCCUCAAAUGGUUGUGUUGGUUCUCCACCUCAUCUGGACAUCUUUGACAUGAAGCCAGUUGAAGAAGCUGUAAAAUCUGCCACCCCUUUCAUCAAUUCUGCUUUUUCCUCCAAACAAACGGUGGAACUGUUUAGUGAUGACUUUAGUGGUCAAACACCUACAUAUGCUUCUGUGUGUCAUCCUCUGACUGUUGAUGGUUUUCCUCUUCAUUCAGCUCCUCCAACAAUUAACGUGGACUUUGAUGCUGUUUUUGGAGGAAAAUCUACAGCACCAGAGUGCAGGACUACAAAUGAUGAUGUAUUGCAACCCACAGGACCACCACAGAAUCAAAGAGCCCCUUUAGCCAGCCAGCAAAAUGGAAAAAUUCUGGCAAACGACCUCGAUUCUUCACUUGCUAAUCUAGUGGGAAAUCUUGGCUUUGGAGGAACUCCGCCCAAAAAAUCGGAUAUGCAGUGGACCCAGCCUACAGAGAAAAAACUUACUGGUGGAACGAACUGGCAAGCAAAAACAAACACAUUGACCACAUGGAGCCCUACUCCCUUACCCUCUAUUCCACAUAUGAAUGGAGUACACUAUCCUGGAUAUGUACCUGCUCCUAUCACGUACCCACUGACCACGCCUCAAGUGCCUGUAUACGGAAUGGUACCUCCUCAGGUUGGAGCUGCUCCUUUGAUGGCACCCCAGACAAUGAUGUAUACACAGCCUGGUCUAAGGCCAACAAACCCUUUUGCACCUGUUUCUGAAACUCAGAUACAAUUUAUGUAGAGCCGCCAAAGCAGCAAGAUGUGAGAACAACCAAAUACUGGUAAAAAAAAAAAAAAAACACAAAAAAGACAAGACUGAAUUUUGAUCUUUCCAUGAUGUAUUCCUGAACAGGGCAACUGUUUCUUCCCUGUAUAAUACAAUAUUAGUUUGAAUUUCAAUGCUUUCAAGGUUCUUGUUUAUAACAGUCACUGCAGUGUGAAUGUUUGUUCACGGAUCUUUUUUUCUUCCUUCAAACUGCUCAGCAGAAAACUGUAUUUUAUUGAGGUUGACUCAGAAGGUUCAAGCUGGAUUAUCAUCUUCAGAGCUGAGAUGGAGGGGUAUCAUGAUUGCUCUGCAACCUUACUCAUCAGUGGAUUACCAUAGGAAGUUAACAGAGGAUAUCAAAGCUAUUUAUUUUCUCCAUACAAAUUCUGUGGCUGUUGUAACCAAGACACAACACAAAUGAAGUCGAGCAAUAAAAUUUUUAUGUGCUCUAAUGAAUACUCUGAUAGAGUAAUGCUUGCAUUAUCAUAAGGCCAAUAUUGUGUGAAAUCAGACAGCUUUUUCACAUUAGGAUAGCUUAUAGUAAUUUGCGAACUUUAUAAUGUGAGUUUGAAAUGCUGUGAAUCAACAAGAUAUAUACAUAUUACAUUACAUAUAUAUAUUAAAAAUAAUAGAUUGCUCCACUGGUAUGUGGUGGGCUGAAAGCCUGUAAUGGAGCAGGGGAAACAAGUGUGUUACAGAACGGCACAUGCAGCCUCUGACCAGUGGCAGUAGCUGCGUUUCCAUCGAGUAUCUUCUCUGCAGAUAGUGUCUUUCAUAGCUCAAGAAGAGUAACUUUGGGAGCCAGUGAAUGCCAGGUCCCCGGGAGCAGCAGGUGGGAGCAAUUUGAAAAUCUUAAGUGCAGAAGAGGCAAGAGAUCCAACUUUUUCUACAAAGUCCGUUUGGUCAAAAGAAGCAAACCUUGCAAUAGUGCGGCCAUUUGUGACCUGGCACCUCUAUGGAAAUUACCUGGCUGUAGGGAAUAGCUUGUGCUGCUUUUCUGAAAUAAGAACCUAGUUGUAAAUCAUAUAAAAGUAAUUAUUUUUAAACAUGUAAAUAUGUGCAAACUUUUAGAUAAUCUUUUCUUUAAUGCUGCAGUAAUCUUUUUCUUCUGUAGUAAUUUCAAGGUUAAAAUGCUAUGUUAAGAAAUCCAGACUCUCUUUGAGAGGAAAAUCUUUUAAAUCAAGUAAUUUAUGAAGUACGCUAUUCAUGAUGCGUACAGACUUGUGGCAUGUCUUUUGUAUUUACCAAUCUUCCUCCAGAACUGCAGUUGGCUGUGGAAAUGCCUUAUCUUUUAUUUCCAGUGUCUGAUAAAAAGUGAUACCUUUAAAACAACUGAAAAAAAUUGUUAAUCAAGUAAAUGGAGUUGGGAGCAACCUUUCUUCCAGAAGUUUUGCGGCAGAGUUCAGUGAAAAGCUCUCCUGUAAAAUGACUUCUACUCAUGAUUAAUAUUAAAGCUGAGUUUUUAAAUAAAAUAAUAGUUUUCUAUUGUUGCAAUAAAUAGACCUCCAAAGCAGCAUGUCUUUUAGCUCUGGGGAGUCUAUAAUUGCAGAACUAUCUCUGACUCUCACUAUGAUAGGCCUGAGGAUUUUGUCAAACUGUCCUGCAGAGAACUUCUAAAAUACCACAUUUUGCUCAUAUUCCUGCUUCCUAAAUGCAUAAUUCUGUCUAAAGAGUGCAAAAAUAGUAUUUUUAACCCUAUGGAAAUAUUUUUGCCAAGUGAAACAACUCAAAAGUGACAAAACAAAAAACCAUCCCCCAGCCCUUGGAAUCUGUAACCACUGACUUCCAGGGACAUGUAACCCUGCAGAGAUUUAAACCAAGGAGUUCCUGAAUGUGCUUUGAUUUUGGUUUUAUUUUAAGAAUUUGGACUGGUGUGUAGCAAUUUGAUGUUCAAGUUUGAAUUACAAAGGGCUUCAAGCUUUAAUCCACCUCUAUUGGGUUGAACAGUUGUACAAUUUUAAGCCAAUGAGUUCUUCAGUGCCUAUAGUUACCCUCCACGUGAUGAGGGAGGAGAUGCCAUUUAGAGUGGGUCGUUGUGUUGUGUUUGUUUAAGAAUUAGUGAAUUCCAUUGAUUUAUUCAUCAUUGAAAGGUCUCGAGUUCAAAUUAGAGCAGUACAUGCAGUAAUCAAUGUCUGGGCAUUACUGGCAGAGCUGAGAGUGCUACCAGCAGGCAGUUCCUCGCGCUGUGAGCUGUUGGGUCUCUCAUACUGAGCUGUGUAAGUAGUAAUCCAUGAUUUUAAUGAAAUAUGCAAAUAAAUGCCUGGCAAACAGAACUUUAUUGCAGAGCUUUCUGACCAUCUGGAAUGUACAUGGCUCAGAUUUAGUCCUAGGUGUAGUUGCACCAUUUCUGAUUUGCUCUGGAUUUUUUUUAAUGGUUCUUUGGUAUGCUUUCUUGUAGCAAAGCUGUCUGAUACCAAUUUAUGUAGUAUUAUAAAAGGAGAAACAGCCACCAAGUACAUCCUAGAAACUUUGUGAGCUACCUUCUUUUUAGUCUCAUUUAGAAUGUUUGAUACAUUAAACCACGGCGUUCAGGUUUAUCCUUAUGAAGAAAAUACUGAGACGCUUCGCUCUGCAGAGACAUGCACAGGACUGCUUUUGCCAACCUCUUCCUUGUGCACGUAUUGGAACACAUGAAAUGGCAGAGUGCUGUGUUUGUAAAUCAUCUAAUCCAUGCAUUAGAAGUAAAACCCAAGGACUUGGGAUGCUGUUGAGGCUUUUAUGGCUCAGAUCUUGUUCUCCAAAAAAAACCAAACCACUUUGAAGACAAAGGUCGUUCCGCAGCAGUUGUGAAUAGUGAUGAGUAAAACACUGAAGAGAGAUGUACAUAAAUGUGACUUUCCCUUUUGUUUCCUUCGAGCUGGUUUGAUCAGAAUCCUGUUCUGAAUGCUUCAGAGAGCAGGUAGUUGGCUUAAGAUGUUGCUCUGGGUUUGUCUGAAUAAGGAGGACGACUUGUGAAGUAUGCUGUGCUUUGCGUUAUUGUACUUCAGAGGGUCAUUCAAGCCUGACUGUUGGGACUUGCUGCUGCUACAGGGAGGCUGUUGUGUGGGAUAUACCAUAACUUCUGGGGGAACCUGGAGAGGUUGAUUGUGUGUCGGACUGGAACGUGUACCUCUUUUUAAGUAACUGGGGUUUUCUAAUGUUCUCUAGGAAUAGUUUGACUUUGCCUCCAAGAAGUUACUGAAUUUUUUUAAACAUUGGACUCCUGUACUAGAGCAACCUCAGUUCUGUGCACAUGGCGGUGGAACACUCAUAGGUGAAAAUAACACAUGGACUUUUGUUUAAGGAAAAAACCACACAGAAACCAACAGAAAACCUUCGUACUCCGAGACUGAAUACAGGGUGUAUCCACAUCUGGGUUUUUGAUGUGUGGCAGGGAGGGGGGGGGUUACAAUUAGAGUAGUACGCACUGUGGAUCGGUGCUUAAUUUGUACAUAAAAAACAAAACUUUGUUUGGGGUAGUUUGUAUCGUAAGGAAAACAUCUAAAGGCACUGUGUAUCAGUCAUUUAUUUCCAUUUAAAAGAUUAUAUUUUUGAGCAAUGGAAACUGUACAUGUUAUCAUUUAUACAUUACUGAUAGCUAGGAGUAUAGAAAACCUCUUGCUAUUACUCUGAA